AUGGGUUGCAAUCAAAGUACUGUGACUGACAAUGAUGAAGGCAUCAAUGUGGCUUCAUGUUUUGAGACUUUGUCUGAUGAAUGGCUUUACAGUGAAAUUCUGAAUCUUAAGUAUGACAUCUUUCUCCUGCAGGUUGGAAAAGAGACCGUGCAGACAACAGAAGACCAGAUCUUGAAAAGGGAUAUGCCACCAGCAUUUAUCAAAGUGGAGAAUGCCUGCACCAAACUUGUUCGAGCAGCCCAGAUGCUGCAAGCAGAUCCUUAUUCAGUACCAGCUCGUGACUAUCUAAUUGAUGGAUCAAGAGGCAUCCUUUCUGGAACAUCAGACUUACUCCUGACAUUUGAUGAAGCAGAGGUCCGUAAAAUCAUCCGUGUCUGCAAAGGAAUAUUGGAAUAUCUGACUGUGGCGGAAGUAGUAGAGACUAUGGAGGAUUUGGUGACAUACACAAAGAAUCUAGGGCCAGGAAUGACAAAGAUGGCCAAAAUGAUUGAUGAGAGACAACAGGAAUUAACUCAUCAGGAACAUAGAGUUAUGCUGGUAAACUCCAUGAAUACUGUGAAGGAGCUAUUACCAGUACUUAUUUCAGCUAUGAAGAUUUUUGUAACCACAAAAAAUUCUAAAAGCCAGGGAAUAGAAGAGGCUUUGAAAAAUCGCAAUUUCACAGUAGAGAAAAUGAGUGCUGAGAUAAAUGAAAUAAUCCGUGUAUUACAACUCACUUCCUGGGAUGAAGAUGCCUGGGCAAGCAAGGAUACUGAAGCCAUGAAAAGAGCUUUAGCCUUAAUAGAUUCAAAGAUGAACCAGGCAAAAAGUUGGCUGAGAGAUCCAAAUGCACCUCCAGGGGAUGCUGGUGAGCAAGCAAUAAGGCAGAUCCUUGAUGAAGCUGGAAAAGCAGGAGAACUGUGUGCAGGCAAGGAACGCAGAGAGAUUCUGGGAACAUGCAAAACGCUGGGCCAGAUGACUGAUCAGCUGGCUGACCUCCGAGCUAGAGGACAGGGUGCUACACCCAUGGCUAUGCAGAAAGCACAGCAGGUGUCACAAGGUCUGGAUUUGCUCACUGCAAAAGUGGAGAAUGCAGCCCGCAAACUGGAGGCCAUGACAAACUCUAAGCAGGCAAUUGCUAAGAAGAUUGAUGCUGCUCAGAAUUGGCUUGCGGAUCCUAAUGGGGGCAGUGAAGGAGAAGAACAUAUUCGGGGAAUUAUGGCUGAAGCAAGGAAAGUUGCAGAAUUAUGUGAGGAGCCUAAAGAAAGAGAUGAUAUCCUUCGGUCCUUAGGGGAGAUCUCUGCUUUGACAGCUAAGCUGUCAGAUCUGCGACGACACGGGAAAGGUGACUCUCCUGAGGCCCGUGCGUUGGCUAAGCAAAUAGCCACAUCACUUCAGAAUCUGCAGUCCAAAACAAACAGGGCUGUAGCAAAUACUAGGCCAGUUAAAGCAGCUGUCCAUUUGGAGGGCAAGAUUGAGCAAGCUCAAAGGUGGAUAGACAAUCCUACAGUUGCUGAUCGGGGAGUAGGCCAGGCAGCAAUUCGGGGUCUGGUUGCAGAAGGUCGUCGUUUAGCCAAUGUCAUGAUGGGACCUUAUCGUCAAGACUUACUUGCCAAGUGUGACCGUGUAGACCAACUGGCUGCUCAGCUAGCUGACCUCGCAGCAAGAGGGGAGGGAGAAUCUCCGCAGGCCAGGGCAGUUGCUGCUCAGCUUCAGGACUCACUGAAGGAUCUUAAAACACGAAUGCAAGAGGCAAUGACCCAGGAGGUUUCCGAUGUUUUUAGUGACACCACAACUCCUAUUAAAUUGUUAGCAGUAGCAGCCACUGCUCCUUCUGAUGCUCCCAAUAGAGAUGAGGUGUUUGAUGAAAGAGCAGCAAACUUUGAAAACCAUGCUGCUAGACUGGGAGCUACAGCAGAAAAAGCAGCUGCAGUUGGAACUGCAAAUAAAACUACUGUGGAGGGCAUUCAGGCAACUGUGAAAUCAGCAAGAGAACUUACGCCACAGGUAGUAUCAGCUGCUCGUAUUCUCCUGAGAAAUCCUGGAAAUCAAGCCGCUUAUGAACAUUUUGAGACCAUGAAAAACCAAUGGAUAGAUAAUGUAGAAAAAAUGACAGGGUUGGUGGAUGAAGCCAUUGAUACUAAAUCUCUGUUGGAUGCAUCAGAAGAGGCUAUUAAGAAAGAUCUUGAUAAAUGUAAAGUUGCGAUGGCCAAUAUUCAACCUCAGAUGCUGGUAGCUGGUGCCACCAGCAUUGCUAGACGAGCAAACCGCAUCCUACUGGUAGCAAAACGGGAGGUUGAAAAUUCAGAAGACCCUAAAUUCCGGGAGGCUGUUAAAGCAGCCUCUGAUGAGCUAAGCAAAACUGUAUCACCAAUGGUAAUGGAUGCUAAAGCUGUGGCAGGAAACAUUUCUGAUCCUGGUUUGCAGAAGAGUUUCUUGGAUUCUGGAUAUAGAAUUCUGGGAGCUGUGGCCAAAGUCAGAGAAGCCUUCCAGCCUCAGGAACCAGAUUUUCCCCCUCCUCCUCCUGACCUUGAGCAGCUUCAUCUGACUGAUGAGCUUGCUCCUCCAAAACCACCACUUCCAGAAGGUGAGGUUCCCCCACCCAGACCACCACCACCUGAAGAAAAGGAUGAAGAGUUCCCGGAGCAGAAAGCAGGAGAAGCUAUUAAUCAGCCCAUGAUGAUGGCUGCUAGGCAGUUGCAUGAUGAAGCCCGGAAAUGGUCUAGCAAGGGUAAUGACAUCAUUGCUGCUGCUAAACGAAUGGCGCUGCUAAUGGCAGAGAUGUCACGCCUGGUGAGAGGAGGUAGUGGGAACAAGCGUGCCCUUAUUCAGUGUGCGAAGGAUAUUGCUAAGGCAUCAGAUGAAGUCACUCGGUUAGCCAAAGAGGUGGCAAAGCAGUGCACUGACAAGCGCAUUAGAACAAACCUCUUGCAGGUCUGUGAGCGAAUCCCAACCAUCAGUACACAACUGAAAAUUCUCUCCACUGUCAAAGCUACCAUGCUGGGCAGAACUAAUAUCAGCGAUGAAGAGUCAGAACAGGCAACUGAGAUGUUGGUUCACAAUGCCCAGAAUCUCAUGCAGUCUGUGAAGGAAACGGUGAGAGAAGCUGAAGCAGCAUCCAUUAAGAUACGAACAGAUGCUGGAUUCACUCUUCGCUGGGUCAGAAAGACCCCAUGGUAUCAGUAAACACUUGCUACAUUGUUUUCUGUAACAUAAAAUGCCUUUUUUUUGAAACAGAAGAGAUAUAUUAACAGCAAAAGGUGCUGUAUACAUGAGCUUAAGAUUAGCUUAUGCUAAUGCCCCAUUCUAAGGGUAUAAACUGUAAGAGAAUGCAUUUCAAAUGUCUACAAAAUGCAUUUGAUAUCAAACACUUCAAAACUGCUUCUGACAGUAGACAGUUUUUUUUUUUUGCUUUUGAAGAUUCUCUUCAUGAAUUCUGUACUCCCAGAAGCACAUUUCACUUAUGCACUGUAUAUUCCAGUAGUUACCAUGUGAUGAUAUAAAACAUGGACCUCACUUCAAGCUUGUAUUGAGAGUCUAGGACACUAGUGGUUAUUUGGCAGUUCUUUAGGGACAAUCAUUGAUAUAACAACAUUCAACUUUUCAACAGGAUUUUAGCUGGCUGUUCUUGAGCCAUGUAGAAAUGAUGGAAGGUGGGGAGGUUGGAGCAGCAGAACAGUUGUAAACUGAGCAUUAAAAUUCUGUGUCUGAAAUGAUACUUUUUUUGCUUUUUGCCUGGCAAAAGUACUUUUAACAAAAACUGGAGCUGUCUUUGGCCCCCUACUGUCACCCUGUAGGUGGGUAUUCCAGAACUCCUGUACUGUACUGAAAUGUUUUGCAGUGGCUGUUAGUGGCACACUGUUGACAGCUUGAGCCUUAUGGCUGGAGACCUGAAAUCAUGGAGCUCUUUCCUUCUUGCUUAAUUCAGUAAUGUAUUGAGCUGAAAGUCCUGGUUCUCUUAAGCUAGCUGCAUGUCCAGGACCAGAAAAUGCCACAUGCUGGCUCUUGCCUUUUGAAAACCAAAUGAGCAUAUGCAAUUAUUGUUAUUUUUCUUCUUACCUUCAUCUAAUGUUAUUCAAGCCACUCAAGAUGGAAAUAAAAUAUAAAGAUAUUCAAUUAAAAUAUACCUUUUGCCUUGCUGCCCAUGUUUCCACAAUGCAUAAGCUUUUUGAAACCCAGGCACUGCAGGGACAUGAAACCCUUUUUAGGUAGUCUGAUGGCUACCAGUAAACAGUGGUUCCUAUAUACUAAACAUACCAGGAUAUUGUAACUGUUUUUGACAUUUGGAGGCUCAAAAUCUUUUUUCAGGUUCAAGUAAUAAUAUAAUGAACAAAGUGUUACUGUAUCUUUAAAAAAACCCCAAACAAAACCACAACAAUAAACCCCCCCUCCCAAAAUCCACACCACCUCCCCUCCACCCCCCCUUACUAAAAUAGACUUGGGAUGCAUUCAUCCUUCUGUAAUUGAACCUGCCAUUCAUUUAAUUGCUCCAUAGUCUCUUUUGGCAUUUGACAGAGAGGAGAAUUACUGUUUUAGAAUUAAUCUCUGUACACUUGCAGACUUAUGCACACUUGCAGACUUCUGCCUAGAUCAGCACUGACUUAAUGCCCUGCCCUCUUAAUUUGCUGAAGAUCGUUGCAUGAUCAACACACCUUUAACAGAAGGGCCCUUGGGGAAAAACUGCCCAGUCUGAACAGCUCGAAGAGAGACACAACAUCAGCUGUCCUUUACCUGUCUUCAACAGUUACUCUAUACUUGGACUUUCUCCCCUCCACCCCCAGCUUCAUUGCACUGUUAUCUAAAAAGGGAAGUUAAACUGAUUAUAAUACAUCUGCCUCAAACUGACCUUAGCAAGAGAAAGCAUGUUUGUCUUUAAUUCACUCCUUGUGUUUGGGUAUUAUGAAAUAUAUGGUACUUAAGAUCUUUCCUUAGUAUUUUCUUCCUGCAAUUACCUGGAACAGGAAGAAGGAAGGGGUGUCAGAGCCUUAACGUGAAUGUCUUGCAUUUGGUUGGUUUCUACCAGAUCUUUAACAUAAUUGUAAUGUAGUAAUUUCUAUUUAAUAGUAAAUAACACUGAGUAGGUAGAGGUUAUUUUUAAGGGAUUUUCUAAAUAGUCUUUUUCUGUAUUUUCAAUGCUCCUCACAUUCCCCCCCCCAGCUUCUCCAUGAGAUUUUUUUUUUAGCAUCACUGUUUAGUUGCUUGACUGAUAUUAAUGCAAUAUUACUAAUGCCUUUAACAUAUAAUUGUUUAUGCCAAAGAUCACUUUUUGUUCAUUGAGGAGUGUUUGCAGGAAAGUUAUGAAUCAUGGUUGCCUUUGAUACUCUUCCAGAAUGUUUGCUCUAAGUUCUUGAACUGUUUUGUAGAAGCUAAGGUAUUUGUCCACCUUAUGCAGUUACUGCUUUUUUUGAACUCUAUUGGUCUUUAGACCUGAAAUGCAGCAAAAAUUUGAAAAAGACCAUGAAUGUCACUUAGAAAUGUUUUACCACUAUAAAAGUUUGUUUAUAAAACAAAAGGUAUUGUAUAGUCUAAUGUUUUCAACCUUUCUUUGGUUCUGUUAAAACAAUAAAAAUGCAUUUGUACAAAUGUCAGCUUGUGAGUAUUAAUGAUAAUGGAGCAGUAGAUAACACCAUAACAAGAAGAGCAAAAAGCUAAAACAGCAGAAAUACUAAAGCAACAGUUGUUUUCUACAUAUUCUG